AUGGUGACGAUGGGGAAAACGGGUUUGAACGAAUAUGAGAAAGCACUAUGGAAAUGGGUCAACGUGGAUGAUCUUGAUGGGUUCUUACAAGAGGUAUAUGAUUACUACAAAGGCAAAGGAAUAUACUGCAUCGCCCUCGCAAGAGCGUUAAACCUCCUCACGACAUUUUUUGUGGUAGCGUUUUCCACCUUCUUGCUCGACUGCAUCGAUUAUUCCAAGCUUUGGUCAACUACGGAAGGUCCGAAUGCUAUAGGUAGAUUGGAUGAUGUCUUGAUAGAACAAUGUAUCACUCGGUUACAAAAAAACUCGGAAAAAAUGCUAGACUCACAGCUCAGAGGUUCAUUCCCACAUAUGCUAUUCAUCCUCUCCGUCGGGGCGUUUUACCUCUUUCAAAUGGCUUCUUUCAUCUUGUCCAUCCCGAGACUCUUGGAGAUGUAUCGGUUUUACACGUAUUUGCUUGGGGUGCCCGAUGCGGAUAUCCAAACUCUCCCAUGGCCAGAAAUCGUCCGUCUCAUAGGUGAAAUCAGGAAACAUAACCCCGUCACAUCAUUGAGUAACGGUCAAGCGGGUGCUUUGGCACAGAUGGUAGGAGAGGAAGAGAACAAGGUCAUUGUCAAGCUUGAUGCUCAUGAUAUUGCCAACCGAAUCCUUCGACAAGAAAAUUAUCUCGUAGCACUGUUCAACAAAGAUCUCUUAGAUCUUCGAUUCCGUCUCCCACUUCCUCAUAUACUUGUCCCUCUGAUCCCAGAACAUCUCAUCGCCCCUCCAUAUCCAUCAUUGCCCCCUGUCGCCCAAGGUAGGGAAACAGAAAGACGGUUUUUGAGUUUUGGGAAGAACGUCCUUACCAAUGCUUUGGAAUGGAAUUUGAGGUAUUGUCUCUUGGGUUAUCUGUUCGAUCGACGUGGGCAGGUGAGGAAGGAAUUUGUGAGAGAGAAAAGAAGGAAGGAUUUGGUAGAGGGUCUACAAAGAAGGUUCAUUUUCAUGGGUAUACUCAAUGCUAUCUUUGCCCCUUUCAUCGUUAUUUACCUUCUUAUUUGGUCUUUCUUCCGAUAUUUCGAAGAAUAUCACAAAAACCCUUCUUCUAUAGGAUCAAGACAAUACACUCCAUACGCCCAAUGGAAAUUUCGCGAGUUUAACGAAUUACCUCAUUUAUUCGAAAGACGUCUAGAUAUGAGUUAUCCUACCGCUAAAGAAUACAUUGAUCAAUUUCCUAAAGAAAGGACUGCUUUAGUGAUGAGGUUCGUGGCGUUUAUUGCCGGUUCAUUCGCCGCCGUCUUACUCGUCGCAUCACUCAUCGACCCUGAUCUAUUCUUACACUUUGAAAUAACUCCUCAUCGUACCGUCUUGUUCUAUCUCGGGAUCUUCGGAAGUGUUUUAGCUAUGGCUAGGGGGAUGGUUCCUGAAGAAAACUUGGUUUUUGAUCCCGAAGCUAGUUUGAGGGAGGUGGUUAGAUGGACUCAUUAUCUUCCUGGCGGAUGGCAGGGGAGGUUACAUAGUGUCAUGGUUCACGCGGAAUUCUCAACUUUGUUUCAACUGAAAAUCACAAUCUUCUUCCAAGAACUACUCUCCGUCUUACUCACUCCAUUCGUUCUCUUAUUCUCUCUCCCUCCUUGCGCAGGGGAAAUCAUCGACUUUUUCCGUGAAUUCACAGUUCACGUAGAUGGAGUAGGAUACGUAUGUAGUUUUGCAGUUUUCGAUUUUGGUCGACCUGCCUUAGUCCAAGAAGAUAUCCAUCCCAAAGGUGCAUCAAUCAAUACCAAUACCAAUACCAAUCUCGACACCAAUAAUAUCUCCACCAAGAAGAAAACUACCGAGGAAACGACGAUGAAAAGAGGAAAAGACAAAAAUCGAAAUCGUGCAAAUGAGAAUAAGAUGGAAAAGUCUUUUCUACAUUUCAAAGCUACACAUCCAGAUUGGAUACCUUCUGAUCCUGCUUCUAGUAUAUUCCUCGACAAAUUAGUAGGGUUGUCAGUCCCACAGAACCACACCUUGGGAAAUUCUGUAUUGGUAGGAGGGAAAGGAAUGACAGGUUCUGUAUAUGGAGCUAGAGGAAUGAACAGUUCAGUUUACGGAGGUAGAGGAUUAGGUGUGGAUAGUCCUUGGUUUGACGAAAGGACCAUUGGGAAAUCACCAGAAUUGUUAAGAAGAGGAUUGGAACCUAUGCAAGAAGAAGAAGAACGUAAGGUUAGUGGGGGAAGAUUACAAGAUAAACGAGGAGGUGGAGUUAGAUGGGAUGGAAGUGAACAAGAUGAAUCACAUGGGUUAAGGAAUGGUGAAAGGAAAAGAGGAAAUGAGUUGGAUGAUCCUGAAACGGAAGAAUUAGGUUGGGGUGAAGGUUUGUCAAGACGAGAUCAAGAGGAGAGUGAAGAUGAACAAGAAGGGUUCUUGAGAGAUGCUGGUAUGAUGGGUUUGUUACAACAGGUUUUGGGUCGAUGAACGAUCUUUUGCCUUAUCCAUCCUUCUCCUUCUCACAUCGACUCAACUGUUAUAUUACUCUUCUCCACUUCUCAAUUUCACCCAUCAAUCUAUACAUUCAAGAUCGCUCCACUCAUUCCCAGGUUACUCAUUCACUUUUGUAUGUGUAAGAGACCUGAUCUGGACUGUAUAUUCAAUGAUUUGCGUGGAUUCGAUAUAAAGGUAAUCUCUGUAAGAUCUAUGUAGAUAUAUAUUCGAUGAUCAGCUCUAUACGAUGUUGUACACAAUGCAUCAUAUUUUCCUCGAU